GGUUUGAUCUAGGUUCUCAUUGAAUAGGCAUUUGUGGCUUUUCUCUUUCCACUUUCCGUCAAUUAGUUAGUUACUGGCUUGCCAGAACCUGGAAACCCCGAUGGCGAUGUCGAUGUCGAAAGCCACCUUCAGCUUCCACGUGGCGUUGGUGGUGGCGGUGGUGCUAUUGGCGGUGUGCAACGCAGGAGCAUCAGAAGAAUGCAGGAAGCGAUGGAUCCACAUAAGAAAGCUCCCUCCGAUGUUCAACCUGGACCUCCUGGUAAACUGUUCGGAGUAUCCGAUGUUGGAGGACCUCUGCCCCUACCUAGGAAACCACGGUCUGGGGCAAAAGACACACAACCGGUCCCACAGCUGGUACCGCACCGACCCAUCCAUGUUGGAACUGAUAUUCCACAGGAGAAUGCUGGAGUACCCGUGCCUGACGCAGGACCCAGCCCUGGCCGACGCCAUCUACCUCCCCUACUACGCAGCCCUCGACGCCCUCCGCUACCUCUACGGCCCCGACGCCAACUCCUCCGCCCAGCACGGCCUCCACCUCUUCCACUUCCUCCAACACGACAAUCCCCAAAUCUUCCACCGCCGCAUGUCCCACGACCACUUCCUCGUAAUGGCGCGCCCUGCCUGGGACUUCUCCCAGCCCCUCUCCAACGACCCUCCCAUUUGGGGAACAUCCUUUCUCGAGUUGCCGCAUUUCUUCAACCUAACGGCCCUCACUCUCGAAUCCCGCGCCUGGCCGUGGCAGGAACACGCCGUGCCCUACCCGACCUCCUUCCACCCUCCCAACCUCGGACUCCUCGAAUCCUGGCUAAGUCGUGCGCGCCGCUCCAAGAGGUCCGUUCUCGCGCUCUUCGCCGGAGGUGGCGGCGUCUCCGCCGCCCCCAACAUCCGCCGGAGCAUUCGGACCGAGUGCGAGAACGCCACCUCUUCCGCUUCCGAUUCCGAUUCCCCCUACGAUACUCUCUGCCAGAUUGUGGACUGCUCCAACGGGGUUUGCGAGCACGAUCCCAUCAGGUUCAUGCGCCCCAUGCUGCAGGCCACUUUCUGCUUGCAGCCUCCCGGGGACACCCCCACGCGCCGCUCCACUUUCGACGCCAUACUCGCCGGCUGUAUUCCCGUUUUCUUUGAGGAUCUCUCCGCGAAGGCGCAGUACGGUUGGCAUUUGCCCCAGCCGGAGUUUGAGGAUUUCUCUGUUUUUAUACCCAAAGAAGAGGUUGUCUUCAAAGGGAUGAGGAUUUUGGAUGUCUUGCAGCGGAUACCUAGGGCUAGGGUUAGGACCAUGCGGGAGAGGGUUUUGGAGUUGAUUCCCGGUGUAUUGUACAGGAAGCAUAAUGCUUCACCGGGUCUCAGAGAGAAGAAGGAUGCCUUUGAUUUGGCCAUUGAUGGUGUUUUGGAUAAGAUUCGCUCCAGGCUUCAGGAUCUUGAUAUGGGUGUUUCUGUACUGUAAUCUUAGUUUUAUUUUUGUUUCCUUAUAAUUACACUUUUAAGGUGGAGCAUUUUUUUUUAUGUUGCAAUGAAUCAAUACAAUUUCACACCAAAGCACCUAAUUGUGACAGCGUACCUAGAAAUAGAUUUUUCUGCUGUCACCAGCAUUUGGUUGUCUUAUGAGAUUUUCUGUUGAAGUUCACGACAGGGAAAUUAUUGAUAAGGAAUAGGGUUUUCUGCAAUGUUAUUUAUACACGAUAUAAAUUGUGUGGUGAUUCUUUGGAAUUCAAUGGUUGAUCCGGUUUAUUGUGAUCA